AAUGACUAGCUUUGGAAAUUUCUCUUCUCUGCCAAAGUCCGACCAGAUUGCUUCCGCUUCUUCUCAUCAGUCAUCACUAUGCUUCUCCAUUUACCUUUCUAUACACCCUUCUCUUAAUUGAAAUUUAAUAUGCAGGCAUACACAAGUGGAAAUUUUCUGGGGAUUUUCAUUAGAGGCAAGUUGGAUGAAUUCAUUUUAAUCUUUGAUGGAUUUUAGCAUCACAUCAUGAUUGACAUAAUCUCUUUUCUUCUAAAAUCUUAUGGGAUUAAAGAUUUUGUUCAAUCGUCGAGCAGCGGAAGAUGGACAAUUCCUUUUCGACCUUAUGUAAACUUUGUACGAAGGAAAUGCCGUAUCUCAGUUCCUGGGAAUGAAAAAAAUGGGCCUUCAAGCUACUUGAGGGACAAGAAGAUAGUUCCUUAUUCAGACCCUCCCAGCAAUACGGAUGUUAAUCUUUUGUAUCAAUUUUUUGAUCGUAGCACUAACCUUGUGGUAUUGACUGGAGCUGGAAUUAGUACAGAGUGUGGAAUUCCUGAUUACAGAAGCCCAAAUGGAGCUUACAGUUCUGGUUUCAAACCAAUUAAUCAUAAGGAAUUUCUUCGUUCAAGUCGGGCCCGCAGGCGGUAUUGGGCUAGGAGCUAUGCUGGAUGGAGACGGUUUACUGCUGCACAGCCUGGUGCAGCUCAUUUUGCUUUAGCAGCACUAGAAAAAGCUGGCCGGAUCAAUUUUAUGGUCACUCAAAAUGUUGAUAGACUACACCGUCGUGCUGGGAGUAAUCCACUUGAAUUACAUGGAACUGUCUAUUCGGUCAUUUGUCUAGACUGUGGUUCUUCCUUUAGUCGGAGCUUAUUUCAGGGCCAGCUGAAGGCCCUUAACCCAAAGUGGGCUGCAGCAACUGAAAGCUUGGGUUAUGGAAGUCCUGGAUCAGACAAAAGCUUUGGCAUGAAGCAGAGGCCAGAUGGCGAUAUAGAGAUUGAUGAGAAAUUCUGGGAGGAAGAUUUUCACAUACCUAACUGCCAAAAGUGCAAUGGAAUGCUAAAACCUGAUGUUGUUUUCUGUGGUGAUAAUGUUCCAAAGGAUAGAGCAGACAAGGCAAUGGAGGCUGCAAAAGGAUGUGAUGCAUUCCUUGUUCUGGGAUCAUCUCUAAUGACCAUGUCUGCAUUUCGACUUGUUAGGUAG